GGAGAGGAGGGAGGGGGCGGCGGCGGCGGCGGGCCCGGGGUUGGUCACAGGCAGCCCUCCUGGCACUGCUGACGUGGUGCCAGGCACGAGGCUCUUUUCGGAGGGGAGACGAGCUAGGAGAGGCUGGGAGAGCCGCGGCCGCCACAGCCGGCGCCCGCUUCUGCGGCAGCCUUCCUCCCGCCUCGCCUUCGCCGCCGCCGCCGGCCCUGGCUCUCUCCCCUUUCCACCCCCGGGCCUCGGCAAGGCGGAGGGAAGGGGCCCGCGAGGAGAGCCGUGAGGGGAGAGGAGGGGGAUGGCCGCGGGCGAGGGGGCGGCGGCCGCUUCCCGCCUGCUCGGGGCACUGUGCCUCUCCGCCGUCGCCUGCUCUCAGCUGGUGCGCGGGAGGGAGACCGGAGCGGACUGGACCCUGGAGAAGUAUUCUCACCAACCAAGAAUUUUACAUUCUGACGCUAUUCAAAAAGUUGCAGCAAACACAGAUGUUUCUGAAAUGUGGGAGAAUGAUUUGCGCCCUAUCCUGAUAGAAAGAUACUCAGGAUCACCAGGAAAUUAUGUCGUACGACAGCAUAUCAAGCACCGUCUUCAAAGAUUACAGGCUGGUUGGGAAAUUGAAGAAGAUACCUUUCAGAGAUACACACCAUAUGGAUAUCAAACAUUUUCAAAUAUUAUCAGUACUCUCGACCCCUCUGCAAAACGCCAUCUAGUACUUGCUUGCCACUACGACUCAAAAUUCUUUGGACAACAAUGGCAGGAGAGAGUGUUUGUAGGAGCAACUGAUUCAGCUGUGCCUUGUGCUAUGAUAUUGGAGCUGGCACGUGCACUGGAUAACAAGCUUCAAUUAAUCAAGACCAGCUCAACGUCAAGACCAGACCUUUCACUUCAGCUCAUUUUUUUUGAUGGUGAAGAAGCCUUUGUCCGAUGGUCCCCUUCCGAUUCCCUCUAUGGAUCUCAACACUUAGCUCAAAAAAUGGUAUCUACUCCACAUCCACCUGAUUCAACAACCACAAAUCAGCUGCAGGGCAUAGACUUGCUUGUACUACUGGAUUUAAUUGGUGCACCAAACCCAGUCUUUCCCAAUUAUUUUCCUAACACUAUUCGGUGGUUUCAGAGGCUGCAAGCAAUUGAGCAAAAGCUACACAACAUGAAUCUGUUGAAGAAUCAUCUUGUUGAAAGGCAGUAUUUCCAGACUACUUUGCAUCGAGGCUUGGUUGAAGAUGACCAUGUUCCAUUUUUAUUAAGAGGAGUUCCAGUCCUACAUCUGAUUCCAUCCCCUUUUCCUGCAGUAUGGCAUACCGUGGAGGACACAGAAGAAAACCUUGACAAAACCACUAUCGACAAUCUCAGCAAAAUCCUGCAAGUGUUUGUACUGGAGUAUCUAAACCUGUGAUAGACAAAAUGGCAACAAAUCAUACUGCAUUCUAAAUACUGUUUGCCCACCUUCACGUUUGCUAUUUAACUGCAUUGGAGAGCACUAAAGUGAAGCAAAACAUAAUGAUAGCUCUUCCUAGACUGAUUAUAGAUUCAACUGUUCCUGGCCCAAUGUUCCAUGUAGCCAAAUAAGAUAGCAUUAAAUAAGAAUUGGUUUCAGCCUGGAAAGAAUUUGAUCUUUCCAUGUCUUACCUCUGAAUAAAAAAACCCAGGAUUUUUCUGGAUUGUUAUCACUGUUUUAUGUCACCUAUUAAGAUCCCAGGAGGGAAUGCCUCCCUACUUAAGCAUUACCUACAGCUUUUACAAGGUGUGACCAACUUUUGCAGUGUUCAGCAAUGGAAAGUUAUACAUUAUCAAGGGGCAAAAAUCACACUAAAACCAACUUCUACUUUGAGUUGAACUAAACCACCUCAUACCGAAAUGAGUUGCUAGAACUCCUGACACACAGGCUGCAAGGGCUCUUGUCCACAGACAGCAGGCCACCAGGAAACAGAGAAAUAACCCAAAUUCAGUUUUUUUCCCUGUUGUUUGUUGGAUACUUUUUGAUGGAGAAGGGUGGUGGGGAGUGAUGCUAAGAGGAAGGUAUGUGGGGGUUUCCAUCAUGCUUUGACUGCAACAGAGGAGAUACAAACAGAACAGUAGGUGGUGUGUGGGAGCAAUACACCAGGACACACCAUUCAUUCAUGUGAGAAUCAUUCACAAUUUGACCCAAAAUAAAAAAAAACCCAAACCCAAACUGCUGUUUUUAAUACAGAUUACAUCAGAAGUAAUCAUACUAGGAAAGUGAUCACUUUUGAAACUAUAGUUUCAUAUAAAUAUAAUUUUAAAGGCAAAGUGCUAUCUAUCAAGGUUAAAAUGAGAGUCAGAAGCAAGAAGACAGUUUAAGCACCAAGAAGUAAGGACAAGCCAUAGCCUGUAUCAGAAAAAGAUACUCACCAGUUUAACAACCCUGUGCUUUUACAUUCUUUACUGAAAUUAUUUAAUAAAUUUAGUUUAACACCCUGGCAAAAAUCUAGCCUGGAAUGAAAUAAGUAGGAGAAGCCAGAAGAACAGUAUUCAAAAGCUACCUACAGAAAUAUGGUUUCCACUGGUGAGAAAAAGAUGAGAGCAUUUGAAGAAAAAAAAAGCAACAAAAAACCCCACGCUGGUAAAGGGUGAACUGAGAAAAAAAAGUCAGUAUUUUACUGCUCCAAAAUUCUUCCAUUAGAAAGUUCCAUACCUAGGCAAAGAGAUUUAAAAAGGAAAUAAGCUAUGGAAUUGUGGGCAUGUCAGAUUUGGCCUGUAUUUUGCCAUUUUCCUAAAGCAAACAUUUCUGAACUUAAGACAAUAUUUACAUACAUAUUUUAAAGUCACAAUAGAAAUAUGUAUUUACAGCAAUGCAAAUUUGUAAAAUUUUACUAUUACAGGACAGCCUGAAAAUGAAAUUCAGUCUGGUUUUGUUGCUCAAGAUGAAACAAAAGCAUUUUAUGUUUUCCCAUCAGUUUAACAUUUGUGAGAAAUGUUUCUAUUUUGCAUGCACCUUCUGAAAUAGAAUACAAUGAAAAUUCUAAAAAUUGGACAGAUGUGUUUAUUUUCAGAUAUUACUGUACAUCAAAGCUAUUUCAACUCUUUGCUAUCAUAUUCUCCUCUACUUCAGCCCAUGAGAAAACAUUCUAAACAACUAAAUUAAAUCCUCUGAAGUUUGAAUACUCUGAGCAAUGUAAGGCACCUACUGCACCCUCCAAAGUGGUGAAAAAAAGGUAACAAAAUUGCUAUAUACAGAAAUAUUAAACAUGA